AUGUCGUCGCCGCCGCCCGCCAAGAUCCAGAAGACGGCGCCCGUUCUCACGUGCGAGACGUGCGGUGCCAGCACGUUUACCUCGCGCAACCAGCUCUUCCGCCACAUCAAGGACUGCGCGGUGAACAUGGCGUACGUCGCCGACGUCGGGGCGUCCGUGCCUGCGGCCGACACGACGCACCUGUACUACUACGUCACGGGUGGUCGUCUCUGCGGCAAGACGCUCGGGUCCGUCGAGCGCUACUCGUUUGCGCGCAAGUGCUGGGAAAGCGUCCCGUCCAUGCUCGAGAACCGCGGGUCCCACGGCGCCGUCGGUGUGGGCACCGAGCUCUUCGUGCUCGGCGGCGGCGGCUUCCGCUCCAACCUUGCGACGUGCGAGAAGCUCGACGUGGAGACGGCGACGUGGUCGCAAAUUGCGCCCAUGACCACGUACCGGCACGCACUCGCGGUCGUCUCCAUCCCCGAGACCGCGAGCAUCUACUGCGUCGGCGGCUGGGUCAACGGCUCCAAGUGCUCGCCCGUCCUCGAAAAGUACGACGUGCGUGAGAACGCGUGGGCGACGCUGGCGCCCAUGGAGGUGCCGCGCCGGCUCCUCGCUCUACGCUUUGGCGGCAACGCCGACGACCACGACCACGAGGACAAGCAGUGGUACUCGAACGUCGUCGAGUGCUUCGACCCGUCGACCAACACGUGGAGCCGCAAGGCGCCGCUGCCAAUUGCUGGUCCGUGCUCGGCCGUCACCAUCGGCAAGUACAUCUUUGUGCUCCUCCACGGCCGGUCCGUCGUGCGAUACUCGCCGAGCGAGAAUACGUACGUGACAAUGGCCGCGCUCCCGCUCCCCGAGUGGUACUGCUUUGACGCAGACGUGGCCGGCACGACCAUCUAUGCGCUCGGUGGCAUCUCCAAGGGCGUCUGGUCGCGCGAGUUUUACGCCUACGACACGAUCGCCAACACGUGGACGCAACUGCCGGCGAUGAAGAAGCGGCGCCGGCGAACGGCCGCCGCGCUCGUCACGUGCCCGCCGCCGCCGUCGUCGUCGAUUGCGCCGGCAGAGUAG